AUGGCUUCAGCACAUGAUCAAAAUGUUGUGCCAGAUGAUAAUUUAAAUGAACCGAAAGAUUUAUUAUCGGUUAAUGAAAUUAUCAAUGAUCGUUUUGUUGUGGAGGAAAAAAUUGGACAAGGAAGCUUUGGGCAAAUUUACAGAGGAAAAGAUAAACGUCAAAAACGAUGUAUAGCAAUAAAGGUGGAACCGGAACAACGCGGUGAAUUAAAUAACUCGCCGAAUGAUCCGCGGCGUUUAGUCAUCGAGCAGCAAGUCCUCAUAGCUCUACGCAAAAAGGCAAAUUUAUCGUUCAUUUUGCCAAAUAUACCAAUGAUUUAUGCAAGUGGUAAAACCGAAAGGAAUUAUCCGUUCAUUGUAAUGCAAAUGUUAGGAAAAAAUUUGACAAUAUUACGGAAAGAACGAACGGAACCAAAGUUUACUUUAUCAACGGCAUUCCGGACCGGUGUACAGGUAAUCUACCAUUGUAUUACAUUUGUUGAAUUUUCCUCACUUUUGAAAUAA